AUGUUCCGGAACGCGUCGCGAGCUCUCGCGCGUCGGAGCCGCUACACUACGCGCCUCAGUCUCACGCCCUCCCUACUUCGCCCACUUUCCACCUCCGUGGUCCGCAUGGCGCCGUCCCCCCUGGGCGCUGUGUCCCCGCCUGUAUCGACGGCCCUUCCGGCAGACUCGUUCCAGCUCCAGACCGAGUAUGACAAGGCAGGCGACGCGGAGGAGGCACUAUUCGACGCGCAGGUGCGGCAAGUAAGAGAUUGGUGGGCGUCGCCACGUUACAAGGGUAUCAAGCGGCCUUAUUCUGCGGAAGAUGUUGUGUCCAAGCGUGGUGCAUUGCAACAGACGUAUCCGAGCUCAUUGAUGGCGCGGAAGCUGUUCAAUCUGCUUGAGGAGCGCGCGGCGGAAGGGAAGCCGGUACACACAAUGGGCGCUAUCGACCCCGUUCAAAUGACACAGCAGGCCCCGAACCAAGAGAUCCUCUAUGUCUCUGGCUGGGCCUGCUCUUCCGUUCUGACCACCACCAAUGAAGUUUCAGCCGACUUCGGCGACUACCCGUACAAUACCGUUCCCAACCAGGUGCAACGACUGUUCAAGGCCCAGCAGCUCCACGACAGGAAGAAUUGGGACAACAGGCGGAAACUGUCCAAGGAAGAGCGCGCUAGGACGCCGUAUGUGGACUAUAUGCGGCCAAUUGUUGCCGACGGCGAUACUGGCCAUGGCGGCCUGUCGGCAGUCAUCAAGCUUGCGAAGCUCUUCGCCGAGAACGGUGCUGCUGCGGUCCACUUCGAAGACCAGCUACAUGGGGGCAAGAAAUGCGGGCAUUUGGCGGGCAAGGUUCUCGUUCCAACCGGCGAACACAUCAAUCGCCUGGUCGCUGCUCGCUUCCAGUGGGAUAUGAUGGGAAGCGAGAACCUGGUCAUUGCGAGGACGGAUUCGGAGAGCGGGAAGCUGCUGAGCAGUGCCAUCGAUGUCCGUGACCACGAGUUCAUUUUGGGUGUAACUGAAGAUGUAGAGCCCCUGGCUGAGGUGCUACAAGAGAUGGAGAUGAACGGUGUCAGUGGAGCGGAAAUCGAUGCCUUCGAGGCACAGUGGGUCAAGAAGCACAAGCUCGUGACCUUUGACGAGGCCGCUAUCGAACACCUCAAGUCCGAGAACGCUUCAAAGCACGCUAUUGACAGCUAUCUCUCCGAGAUCGCGGCAAACCGGAAUCUCUCUUUGAACAAGCGCAGAGCGCUUGCUUCUCAUUAUGCCAGACGACCCGUCGUGUGGUCAGAGAAUAUUCCUCGCACGCGUGAAGGCUUUUACCACUUCAAGGCCGGUCUUGCACCAGCAACGAAGCGUGCAAUUGAAUUUUCCCCUUACGCUGACUUGCUCUGGCUUGAAACAAAGGAGCCGAGCGUAGAUCUGGCAGCAGGAUUCGCAAAAGAAAUCCACAAGGAUGUGCCUGGAAAGAAGCUGGUCUAUAACCUUAGCCCAAGCUUCAACUGGAUGGCUCACGGCUUCACGGAAGAGACGCUGAAGAGUUUCAUCUGGGACUUGGCUAAACACGGCUUCGUUCUGCAGCUCAUCUCCCUCGCAGGCCUUCACUCGACUGCUACCAUCACCAACGAGCUUUCAAAGGCUUACAAGGACGACGGUAUGCUGGCGUAUGUCAACCUCGUCCAGAAGCGUGAGAAGGAGACGGGCUGUGAUGUCUUGACCCACCAGAAAUGGAGUGGCGCGUCCUACAUUGACGGUAUCUUGGGCCACAUCCAGAGCGGUUCAAGCGGAAGCAAGAGUAUGGGAGAAGGGAACACUGAGACAUCAUUCUGA